AUCAAUGUGUCGCGCAAUUCGCUUCUGAUUUUGAAAAUUUCCCCCUCUGUCGUAGUGUAACGUGUGCUUAUUUUUCUUAAUGUAAUUUGAAACCGCGGUGUCAGUUAUAGCAUGCUUUUUUGAAUGUACCUGGCUCUUACGCUCGCAUGUCGUCAUUCAGGACGUGUUGCUCGAUGGUGCGACGUAGAAACAAGUCUAUGACUAAUAUGUUACACAAGCAAAUCGUCUAUAACUAGUCGGAUAAAUGGCUUAGUUGCCAUAACCUAUGUAGUUGCAAAAUGUCGGGUGCUAUAAAGAGAUUGAGGUUAGAAUAUAAGAACUUCCAAGAAAAGCCAGAUAGAGGGAUUCAUAUACAACCGAAGAAUGACAAUUUUCUUGACUGGGUUGCCGUGAUUGAAGGACCGAAAGGCACGCCGUACGAAGGCGGGAGCUUCACUAUAAAUAUUGAAGUUCCACCAUCUUAUCCGUUUAAUCCACCAAAACUAAGGUUUAAAACUCCUGUCUACCACCCGAACAUUAGUAGAGAUGGACGCAUUUGUAUGGAUUUGCUAAAAACGAACUGGUCACCAGCAUUGACUUUAUCCUCGCUGCUGAUAUCGCUUGUGUCUUUGAUGAGCGCCCCGAACCCAGACGAUCCACUUGUCUUUACAAUCGCGGAUACUUACAAGAACGACAGAGAACUUUUCGAUUUAACUGCAAUGCAUUGGACUCGCGCAUACGCCAACGACAACACCGAUUUUAUGAAUCACUGCGGAAUUUAACUUUGUAUGUAACUUGCUUUAUCCAAUCGUAGCUGAAAAACGACAGUCAUUACAACACGGGUGUUCCGUUUCAUCCAUCUCGUGCCAGCUUACGAGUUACCACGUAUGCGAUACAAGAACCUGUUACGAUUCGCGAAUCUAAAUAACUGUCCAUUGAUUA